GCAGAAGUUCUCCCCGUGACCCUUCACGGGGACGGGAAUGGGGGAGAAUUUGUCGCCGCGGGGACGGGUUUGGGGACAGUAACCUCCAACCGGGGAAUCACUCGACUCGAUCUGCUUUGCUCUGCUCUGCUUCGGGUCGUCGCCGGCGGCGGGAGCAGAGCACCCACCCACACGCACGGUAAGAUGUCGUCGACCGCGGGCCCCGUGGCCUUCGUCGGCGCGGACGAGCUCAGCGUCGAGCUCGCCGCCUCCUUCCUCCGCUCCGGCGCCCGCGUCCGCUCCUUCGUCCCCGAGGCGGAACGGUCGCCACCUGCGGCGCUCGCGGAGCUGAAUGGCCUCCUCCGGUGCGGGAGCCCAGUGGAAGCCGCGCGAGAUGCUGCGCUGGUCGUCGUGCUAAGCGAUGCUGGUGCGGUUGACGAGUUGUUCUUCGGGGUUGAGGGUAUCGCGAAAGGAUUACGCGCGGGUUCUAUUAUAUUGAUUCGUUCGACAUUGCUGCCUAGCCAGCUGGAGAAGCUGGAGCAGAAGCUUACAGAUGAGAAGAAGGAUAUCUUCCUUCUGGAUGGAUACAUUUUCAGUGGUUUAUCUGAUGAACUAAAGCAACAGAUUGUUAUUGUUGCAUCUGGGAGACAGUACAUAGCAGAAGGAGCUAGAAAGUUUUUCCAUAGUCUAAACAAUACCAUUUACUUUGCUGAAGGUGAAUUUUGCACUAGCAGCAAACUUAGGGUGGUAAAUGAUUUGCUGGAGGGCAUUCAUUUUGUUGCGUCUAUUGAAGCAAUGUAUCUUGGUGUUCGAGCUGGGAUUCAUCCAUCAAUUAUCUAUGACAUAAUAUCGAAUGCUGCUGGGAGCUCGAGGAUAUUUGUGGAGUUAGUUCCAAAACUUCUGAGUGGGGAUCCUUUGCUUAUUGAUUUUCUAAACUCAGCAAGGAAAAAUGCUAGCCAUGUGAUGGAUAUGGCAAAAUCAGUAACAUUUCCACUGCCACUUCUGGGUGUUGCCUAUCAACAAUUGAUACAUGGUUCUUCAGCAGUAACUGGAGAUGGAUCUGCCUCACCGCUGAAGGUUUGGGAAGCAUCGUUUGGAGUUAAUAUUGUAGAUGCUGCCAGUCAACAAAUCUAUGAUGCAAGCAAAUUAGCUGAUCAGCUUGUUAUGGAAUCUAAAGCAGCAAAGCGGAUUGGCUUCAUUGGUCUUGGAGCUAUGGGCUUUGGAAUGGCAUCCCAUUUGCUGAAAUCAGGGUUCUAUGUUGUUGCUUAUGAUGUCUACAAGCCAUCAAUGGCCAGGUUUGCUGAUUUAGGUGGAUCAACAAAAGGUUCUCCUGAGGAAGUAGCAAAAGAUGUGGAAAUACUUAUUAUCAUGGUUGCAAAUGAGUCUCAAGCUGAUAGUGUUCUUUUUGGAAAUGCUGGUGCUAUACCAGUGUUAUCUGCUGGAACAUCUAUCAUCCUUUCUUCUACAGUUUCUCCUGGAUUUGUGAUUCACCUCAACAGAAGAUUAGAAGCUGAACGCCGACAGAUAAAGUUGGUUGAUGCUCCAGUAUCUGGUGGUGUCAAAAGGGCGGCAGAUGGGACACUAACUAUAAUGACUUCAGGGACAGAUGAAGCUCUGCAUUGCACUGGUUCUGUUCUAUCAGCGCUGAGUGAAAAGUUGUAUGUAAUCAAAGGAGGAUGUGGAGCUGCAAGUUCUGUUAAGAUGGUCAACCAACUUCUUGCUGGGGUUCAUAUAGCCUCAGCAGCUGAAGCCAUGUCAUUUGCUGCUCGACUAAAUUUGAGAACAAGAAGAGUCUUCGAAAUUAUGCAACAUGCAAGAGGUUAUUCAUGGAUGUUUGGAAAUCGUGUGCCACACAUGCUUGAUAAUGAUUACACACCUUAUUCUGCAGUGGAUAUAUUUGUCAAGGAUCUGGGUAUAGUAUCUUCUGAAAGUUCCAAUUCGAGGAUACCAGUGCACGUUUCUACUAUUGCCCACCAGCUGUUUAUUUCAGGAUCUGCUUCUGGGUGGGGUAGAUAUGACGAUGCUGCCGUUGUGAAGGUCUAUGAGACAUUAACUGGUGUAAAAGUUGAAGGGAAGGCUCCCAUGCUCAGUAAAGAAGAUGUCCUUCAUUCUCUUCCUGCUGAAUGGCCAGAAGAUCCAAUUGAUAAUCUUGUAUCUAUUGCAUCUCAUAGUAGCAAAAAGAUUCUUGUAGUUUUAGAUGAUGAUCCAACUGGGACUCAAACAGUUCAUGAUAUAGAAGUUUUAACUGAAUGGCCUGUUGAAGCCCUUGUCGAACAGUUUCUCAAGCUACCGACUUGCUUUUUUAUUUUGACAAACUCUCGUUCCAUGACUGCUGAUAAGGCCAUGCUGCUAGUACAAACUAUAUGCAGAAAUCUUGAAGCUGCGGCAAAGAAGGUCCCUGGUGUUAGUUAUACAGUAGUCUUGAGAGGUGAUUCAACUCUACGUGGUCAUUUCCCAGAGGAAGCUGACGCUGCUGUCUCAGUACUAGGUGAGAUGGAUGCCUGGAUAAUCUGUCCAUUUUUUCUUCAAGGUGGGAGAUACACUAUUAAUGACGUCCACUAUGUCGCAGACUCUGAUAGAUUAAUUCCUGCUGGUGAAACCGAAUUUGCCAAGGAUGCAGCUUUUGGCUAUAAAUCUUCCAAUCUCAGACAGUGGGUUGAAGAGAAGACUAGAGGACGGGUUUCGGAGAACCAAGUUUCAACAAUUUCCAUAACUCUCUUGCGUAAACAAGGACCAACUGCUGUCUGUGAGCAUCUCUGUAGCUUGGCGAAGGGCUCUGUGUGCAUCGUCAAUGCUGCUAGUGACAGGGACAUGGCCGUCUUUGCUUCUGGAAUGAUCCAGGCUGAAUUGAAAGGAAAGCGGUUUCUCUGCCGCACAGCUGCAAGUUUUGUGAGUGCAAGGAUUGGGAUCAAGCCAAAGCCACCUAUCUGUCCAAAUGACCUUGGCUUAAAAAGAGCUUUAACUGGAGGCCUCAUAAUUGUUGGUUCAUAUGUGCCAAAAACUACAAAGCAGGUUGAUGAGCUGCGAUCACAGUGCGGGCAAUCUCUUCGAGUAAUAGAGGUGUCUGUCGAGAUGGUUUCAAUGAAAUCAAUGGAGGACAGAGAUCAAGAAAUCAGCCGAAUUGUUGAACUAGGGAAUGCUUAUAUACAAUCCAGAAAAGACACUCUAGUUCUCACCAGCCGCCAACUCAUUACUGGAAAAACUCCUGAAGAAAGCUUAGAAAUUAAUUAUAAAGUGAGUUCAGCACUAGUGGAGAUUGUGAGAAGGAUUGAUAGUAAACCUCAUUACAUCAUUGCAAAGGGAGGAAUCACUUCAUCUGAUAUUGCCACAAAAGCUUUGGAAGCUAAACGUGCCAAAGUCAUGGGACAAGCAUUAGCUGGUGUACCAUUGUGGCAGCUUGGUCCUGAGAGUAGAUUUCCUGGGGUCCCUUACAUUGUUUUUCCUGGUAAUGUUGGUGAUAACAGUGCUCUUGCUAAAGUGGUGAAAAGUUGGGCUUCCCCAUCUAGAAGUUCUACAAAAGAACUUCUUCUUGUAAGAUUCUCGUCAUUAUUUCGAGAGAAGGGUGGUUAUGCUGUUGGUGCUUUCAAUGUGUAUAACCUUGAGGGAAUUGAAGCUGUUGUUGCAGCAGCAGAGGCUGAAAAGAGUCCUGCUAUCCUGCAGAUUCAUCCCAGUGCUCUGAAGCAAGGUGGAGUCCCAUUGGUAGCAUGUUGCAUUGCUGCUGCAGAACAAUCCAGUGUGCCUAUCAGUGUUCACUAUGAUCACGGCAUUUCCAAGUCAGACUUGCUUCAAGCUCUUGAAGCGGGAUUUGAUUCAGUGAUGGUGGAUGGUUCCCAUCUAACUUUAAGGGAGAACAUCUUAUACACAAAGAGCAUGUCUUCCUUGGCUCAUGCAAAAGGUUUACUUGUGGAAGCUGAGUUGGGUAGGCUCUCAGGCUCUGAAGAUGGCCUGACCGUUGAAGAAUAUGAAGCAAGAUUUACUGAUGUUGCCCAGGCUGAGGGAUUUAUUGAUGAGACAAGCAUUGAUGCACUAGCAGUUUGCAUUGGAAAUGUUCAUGGAAAAUAUCCACCUAGUGGACCAAACCUCAGAUUUGACUUGCUAAAGGAUCUUCGUGCAUUGACCUUAAAGAAAGGAGUUAGCUUGGUUCUCCAUGGAGCAUCUGGUCUACCUCAUGAGCUCGUAAAGGAGUGCAUAGACUUGGGCGUGAGAAAAUUCAAUGUGAACACCGAGGUUCGGAACAGCUACCUGGAGUCCCUUAGAAAGCCAGAAAAGGACCUGAUUCAGGUCAUGGCGUCUGCUAAAGAAGCAAUGAAAGCUGUGGUAGCAGAGAAGCUGCGCCUCUUUGGAUCUUCUGGGAAAGCCUGAGCGAAGUACUUGCGCCGGCAACAUGCGGUACCGGGGGGUGGGGGGCAUGGUUGCAUCCUCGGAUUCGUGAUGAUGAUGCUACUCUGCAGUUGCUUACAGGUACAGCUCAUUGCGGUAUACAUAAUCCGGAGGGCUCAUUACAAAUUGUUGGCUGAACAGCUGAAGUGCUUAUUGUAUUUUGCAAUGUGGCGCAACUAAGGCUAAUUCGUAAAUCGUAAUAAUGUAUGCUACCCCGAUGUAAAAUGCUCCAUCGUUAAUAAAUGUCACCGUGUUCGCUGUGCCUUUGUUUA